AUGGAGGAAGAAAUAGUCUAUGCAGAUGUCAGCUUACCCGUGCAGGCAUCAUCCUCAAGAAACUUGGUUUCAGCUCAAGAUUCAGAUCCCCGACCUUGCCCACGCUGGCAACGGAUUGUGAUGUGGUCUGGAUUGGCUGGAAACAUCAUACUGGUGGCAGCAGUGAUAGCGAUGGGAGUUUGGGGUAGGAAUAAGAACAAAGAACCAGUCUGGGAAUCCAUAUCUCCCUCAGAGCGCAUCAGCAGCUAUCAAUAUGGUCACAUUGGAGGUGAAGGAGACAGAAUAUUAGCGGAUUUCAAAUCUAGACUAAAAGAGGAUUUGUGUGUCAAUUCAACAUCAACAGAGAAUGGACGUUGCAGACUGUGUCCCUUGAUGUGGAAGCUGAACAAGGAUAAGUGCUACUGGAUUUCUAGCACAACUCAGUCCUGGGAGAAAAGCAAUAAAGACUGUGAAGCAAAGCGGUCUCAGCUACUAGACGGAUCUGAACUGGAAGCAGAGAAGGAAUUCAUCCAGAAAAAUACAAAUGCUGCUGUAUGGAUUGGACUUCAUUUUCUGCUGCCAAGGCAUGAGUGGGUCUGGGUAAAUGGCUCUCCACUGAACCUGACACAGUAUCCAGACUGGCCCUCUGAGAAGGACGACUGUGGUACUUUGAAAGGGAAUAAGAUCAAUCAUGAAAAAUGCAGCCAAGAUCUUCACUGGAUUUGUCAGAAAAAAUCUGUACUCAUUUGA